AUCAUAAGAACUACAACUCCCAUGAGCAAAAUCCUUACGCAAGGCUUGAAUAACUUCCGGCAUGAGCUUUUCAAAUUAAGAGUCAAAGUGGCUUCCACUGUUGUAAAAAAUGUCAAUCACAGCGUUAUUUUGUGCUUUUAUUUUAAAAUCGGGGUCAUUCCUCCGUGUUUCGUUGAUCCCUGAAGGAGUUCUCCCCUGCCCUGCUCCCUCCUCCCGGACCGUUGGCGACCUGACAGUAGGCAGUGCCGUAUGAUCCUCCCGAGCAGGUUCAUUCCUCAUCCUUCCCCGUGAUGAGGCUCCGUUUGGCCGGGGCCGUGCUGCUGGCGGCGGCCGCCUACUACGUGUACCUGCCGCUGCCGAGCGGCGUGAGCGAGCCGUGGAAGUUGAUGCUCCUGGACGCGCUCUUCCGGAGCUUCAUGCAGGCGAGUGACGCGGCUCACACCCUGGGUGUGUGCCACCGUGUUCACCUGCUGAACCGGGUGGUGUCCUGGGUGGAGGUGAUAGAGGCUCGCUCUUGUUCAGCCGUGAACGUGACUGACUCCACACUGGGAGGCAUCCCCACCCGAGUGUUUCAGCCGAAGGGGGAAAGCAGGCUGAGAAGAGGAGUCAUCUAUUUCCACGGAGGAGGCUGGGCGCUUGCCAGCGGAAGGAUGCGCUCCUAUGACCUUCUUUGUCGGAAAAUGGCGGCGGAUCUGGACGCUGUCGUCAUGUCUGUCGAUUACCGCCUUGCUCCCGAGGCCGUGUUCCCGGAUCAGUACUAUGAUGCUUUGGUGGCAUCGCGGGUCUUCCUGUCUGAUGAGCUUAUGCAGCAGUACGGCAUCGAUCCGAAAAGAGUUUGUGUGUCUGGAGACAGCGCUGGAGGAAACCUGGCUGCUGCUGUGGCACAGGAGCUAAGCUCGGACAUCUCUCUGAAAGUAAAGUUCAAAGCCCAGGCGUUGAUCUACCCUGUGCUGCAGGCUCUCGACUUCCACACCCCGUCAUAUCAGCAGAACCAGGCCGUGCCUAUCCUCUACAGGCCUUAUAUGGCUCGUUUUUGGCUUCAGUACCUGGGUGCUGACUCAGCCCUUGAACCCCUCCUGCUGGUUAACAAUCAUAGCUCUCUGGACCAGCCAGCCAUCAGCGCCGCGACCCGCUCCAAACUGAACUGGACCGCUUUGCUGCCAGCCGAGCGCAAGAAGAACUUUAAGCCGGUUGUUAAAAAAAAGGGAUCACCAGGCGUGGUGGACAAGGUGCCAGGGCUCAUAGAUGUGAGGGCGGCACCAUUGCUGGCAGAGCAGGGGGUUCUGGGUAAAACGCCCAAAGCGUAUGUGAUGACGUGUGAGUUUGACGUGCUGAGGGAUGACGGGUUGAUGUAUGGCAGACGCCUACGAGACGCUGGCGUUGAGGUGACUAGUGACCAUUAUGAGGACGGUUUCCAUGGCUGCAUGGUGUUUGCAAACCUGCCAAUGAUGUCGAGUGUUGGACAGCGAAGCAUGAGGAACUACAUCCACUGGCUGGACCAGAACCUAUAAGCAAAGAAGCUGCUCCACAAAUCUGGUUUGCUCUUUCUUGAAUUUUAGAUUGGUUUAAUAAAGCCCAUGACCCAUAAAGGAGCAGAACAUCACAGCUUUAAACAGACGUGAUAAGUUGAUGUACUGCUUUAGAGAUACUUUAAAACAAUUCACUGGAUCUUAAUAUUUUAUUGAAAACAGAGGAGAAACCAAAACAAGAUAUUUAUAUGACCAAAAUAUUAUUACAUAGCAACAUUUUGAGGUAAGCAAUAAAUAUUUAUGGCCUUUUUAUUUAUUCUGAAAUUUAUAAAAAAAACUUUUUAGAUGUAAAUUAAAUUUACACUGGAUUUAAAAAAAGUUAACUCACUUAUACAUAGUAAAAAGAAAGUCAUUAACUGGACAGAAAAUACCUAAUGAAGCAGUGUUUUACUUUAUUGUCUGCACAAUUUAAAAAUGUAUACAUUCGUAAAUGCAUAUUCUUGUGCAUUUUAGUUAAUUUAAUGUUUAAUUAGUUCAUUUAUCUGCAUAUUUUAUGAUUUAUUUGUGUGUUUUAAUUAACUGGUUUUUGGUUGCAUUAGUUUACUUAAAAUUCAACCCAGCAGGGUGUUGUAUAGGCCACAAAGCAACAGUUUGCGAGACCUGAUCUAAUGGUGAUGUCCAAAAGUUCAAAGUACUUAUUGCCUUUUAUUAUAUUCAUGAGCAUAUGAGCAGCCUGGCCUCUUUCCCAGUAGGAGCACACCUUUAGCUUAAAAUUUUCAAACCAGUGGUAAAGAAAGCAUUUGUACAUAUGUUUGUUAUAUAAAAGGCGAUCAUUUCCGAAAUCUAAAGGACAAGGGCUUUCUGUAUCUUCCUGCAAACACUGAUGUGAUUUCUGGUCAUGCUGAAGUGCUUUACCACUGCUAGCUACUAAGCCUGCUUUAAAAGACUUCUAACUUGAUGGGAAUCCUAAUUACUUGUGUAAUUUACUGAUUUUGAUCAGUGUGGCAUUUUUCAAAUAUAAUGAUUUACAGGUAUAUUUACCACAUUAUAAAGAUGAAAUGUCUAAUGUAAUACUUAAAACAUUACGUGUUUUCUCUCUUUUUAUUUUCAGCCUGUAGUGAAAACAUUUAACUAGUUUGAUUCUUACCAAUGAAAUGCAGAGAUUUAUUCAGCUAUGUGUACCCAGCUCUUAGCCUGCUAAAAACCACCUGUUGUGUCCUACCCACAGCCUUAUCUUUAAUCACAACAACAUCUUCUUGAACCCUGAUUCAAUGCCUGCCCUUAUGCUGCGUUCCAUUAACCUCAGAAAUCAGAACUGGGAAGUCUGAGUUUACGUCAUCUCCGAGUUGUAGUUUUUGUCUGUAUUGCUAGCAAAUGUAAUUGCGGGCUUACAACAAUAACACUGUUCGACACGGUAUUACAUGCACAUAAACAGCAUUGAAACAUCUCGUCUUAUGAACACUGAAAAGUAGUACAUGUGUGACUGACUAAAUGUUGCAUACGUAAUAAAGAACUACAAAAAACUAUCAAAGUAAGAACGUUUUACUACUAUCGAUGGGAGUAGCAGCCAUCUUGAAUGCGGAAGUAGGUUAUGGUCAUGUUGCCCUGACUUUCUAACUGAUAAUUCUGACCUUCGGGGUCAUUCCAGUUGAACUUUCCUACUUGGAAGUCUGACAUUCCGGCUUAUGGAAUUAUCUGUGCUCCAGUAAUGUUGCCAGAUCUUAACUACCUCCUUCUUAAUACGACCCUUCAAUUCCCCUCUUGCCAAAAAGAUAUUGAAGUGCGCCUCAUCCUUCUGUUCUGCCUCCUUUGUUAUUCUAUGUGCUCUUUCAAACCCUACUCUACCUAAGUGAGCAGGUACCCAUAAAACCCAACUUUUUCCCCAUUGCUCACCAACCAAAAGUUAACCUGGCACAUUUCAUGCAAUAGGUUUUUAUGAUGUCUUGCAACCCCGGAUUCAACAGAUCCACAACAGAACUAGAACCAUUGCAUAUCAAGAUGUUAUUUGCAUUACUCUCGAAAGCCCAUCCUUUUGCAAUCAACAGUGCUGCAAGCUCUACUGCAUAUACACUUAACACAUCUGUAGUUCUCCAAUAUGCCACUUGAAAAACUGGGAUUGCUAUUGCAACCCUAGUUUUCCCAGUCAAGAUAUUUUGAACCAUCUGUAUAUAUUUGUUAAUAACAUUGUAAUUCCUAUCUAUAUGACUGUAAUAGGCUUAAGCUAAAUUAACACCUUUAUCCUUUGCUUUAUUAUGCAGCAACGUCAGAUCUGCAAGAGUUCCAUGUAUUUUCCAAAUUGGAACAUGUUUCCAGAAUACAUUUGGACACAUGUCAAGUCUGUUUGCUGAUAAUUCAGUUGCUUCUUCUUUCACGCAAAAUUUGCAUACUCCUCUGUCAACACAGUUUCAAUAUCUUUUUAGCCGGAUGCUUACUUGUAUACCCCUUCAAAGUCAACCAAAGUCAAUCAAUUAGCCAUUAACUGAUUUAUUCCUUAACCAUAAAGGUAUUUCUCCUCCCUCCACCUGGAAGGCACAUACCUUUGCUGACCGAACUGCACCCAUGCAUAAACUAAGAGCUCUGGCCUGAAUCUUAUUCUGCAGGUUCAUACACCAUACAUCCAAAAUCCAGUCUGCUGCAGAUCAUUGCCACAUAAAUUUAUCUCAAUGACUGAAAAUCUGUCCCCCAAUUCAAUCCAGCCAGGCACCUAAUGACAUUAAUAAUUUGUUUUUACAUUCCUAUGAUACCGUUUUCACAUGUUCUCUCCAUGUCAACCUACAAUCGAACUGCAUCCAAAACAAACAAAAGCCACCAGCCCUCUCUAAAGGAGUAUUAUAAAGUCUAAUAUCAAUGUUUUGUCUAACUUUCGUGUUCACCCUCCCAGUAAGAAAGUCCAUUACCCAGUUGAACAUGUUGCCUUCAAUCCCCAUUCCUCACAAUUUUAUCAUCAGAACUUUCUACAAAAUAUCAUAUGCUUUCACAACAUCACAAAAUACUGCAGCUAUCACUCAUCCUCCAGACACAACACAGGAACCAUCGUACACCUACCUUUUAUAAAGUCACUCUGGAACUGAUGGAACUAAUGGCAACUCAAGCUAACGGUGAUUAAAGCUAAUAGGUACUCAGAACUCAGUCCACUAAUAAUUAAAAAUCCACCAUUUGAAACAAAUCAAGCUCAAAACUGCUAGUUGAAGUGAAUUCUAUCUUCAGUAUUUUUACGCUUUAUUUUUUCUGCAUGAGACAUUUGUUUAUUUUAUUUCCACUGUUAUCUCAACUGCGUUGCGUUGUUAACUGUAUUCUCAGUGUAUAUUGCAGCUGAAACAAUUUUUUCAAUAAUUCAAUCAGACAACAACUCCCAAGACUUUAAUAAUGAGGGAUUACAUGAUCAGAUAUAACAUUACUUUUAUUUAGGGAAUUAGAUUGGAUUUACGUAUAGCAACAAGGAGGGGCUUUGAUUGGUAAGCGAAACAAUAUGAAUGGUGUUCAGUUGGGGAUAAAAAUAAUGUAUUCAAUGUAGUGUUUGUUCGAACGGGAGGAAAUUUUUGCAGAUGCUGGAAGGUCCUUGAUAAACAGUUCCAGAGUUAUUGUUUGGCUUGACCUCAUCUGGAGUUUUUCCUUAAACUGAGAUGUCUCUGACUGCUGACUGCUGCAGACAAGGUACUGAUUGGACACAAGUACCUCACUUUGAACUCUCCUUGGGAAGGAGAACAGGUUGCUCAUACCGUAAUGAAAAAAGCACCUAUUUUUGUUCAGUCAGACAGCAUUCAUUUUUGGUUCUUUGUAAUAAAUAAUUAAAUACAAAAAGAAAAAUCACUCCUGCAUUUCUUUUUAAUUAAGCUCUGGAUGCUGUUUAUUAAAAGAGCCUAAAUUUUCAGGUUUGAUAUCGUAAAUGUUUUUCAACCUUUUCCAGAGAGCUGUACCUAGAAACGCAAACCUGACCUACAUAUCUUAAAGAAUUCUUCAUGAUUUGAUAUUUUGCCAAAGUAAAAUGCAGUAAUGUUAUCUGUUAUGACUAAUUAUUCCACUGUUUAUAAAUGGUCUAUAGGUCUUCCAUAUUUUUUCUUUUAAAAUGAUGAUUUGGUAUCUUUUUGUGCUCUAUGUAAAAGUACGCUUUAUAAUCUGAAUGGAGUUGCUUCUAGUUUGGAAAUUUUAGACCUCAGAGUAAAUCAGACAUUCUCUUUUAUUCUGUAACAAAGUCCUGAGAAACUGCAGAGGUCUGCUGUCACAUGUAACAAGAAGUCAGGGUAGGUUGUGUGUGUGUGUUGUAGUAAAAGUAUGCCAGAGUUCACAGCUGUGUAUACUCAACAUUGUGCAAUAAUGUGUGUAUCCGUGUCCCUCACACUCUGUAACUUCAAGAUCACUGUAAACCAUGCCUGUGCAAUGGGGAGCAUGAUGAUGGCAGUGAAAUCUAUUAGUAGAUUGAAGAACCGCCAUGAGAGAGUAGAUCCCAGGUGGGCUGUCAUGUUUCUCCUCCACCGCUGUCUUAAAAUAAUGACGUUAAAAGAUGUCAACGAGCGCCUGACAGACACAGCUCCGGCUUUCGGCCAAAACCAGAACUGAUGACCUGAUUGUGGUCGUUACUUCUCCAGCAAUCUGGGGGUUUCUUUUCUGAGGGAAGAAGUGAUUCCAGACUCAACAUUGAAUUUAUCUAAGAAAUAAAAUAACGUUAGAAGGAUGGACCUGCAGGGUUCACUUCUACAAUUCAUUGUUUGAACCUGUGCAUUAAAUUACUCCAUAUUAAAUAUAUAGGGUCUUUUUAAGACAAUCCUUGAGCAAAGUGUGUACCUGUUUAUGCUACAUUCAUGGGUUUUAUCCACAUUAACAUAUUGUAUGUCUUAAUGCUUUAGCGUGGAUAUGGCUGGUACACUGAUGCAUGAAUUUUUAAGUUAAACAACAUUCACACAUGUUCUUUGUCUUUUCUGCUUGCCAGGUUUAGUUCAUGUAAUAACAUUUUUAGCAUGACUUUCUUUAUUUUACUGUUCAGUAUUUAAAGCAGGACACAUUAUUGUAAAAACUCAAAAUAAGUACAUUAAAUUGUAAAAUAAACUUUGCAGAACGUUC